AUGCGCGACCGAGAAUGGUCUCCUUUUUUACAUGACGACGAACUUCGCAACCAUCGACUGACCUAUAUGGGGCUUAGUGGGAUGGAUUAUCUGUCCACCCGACUUCAUAACCUGAGUAUGCGGCUAAAGUCACUCACUUUGAGUCAUAUCCGGAUUAGCAAGGCUCUUUUUUGGCCAUCGGCGGAAAACAGUACCAAUGCUCCUUACUGGCCGAAACUCGAACGGCUUCUAGUACUCAAUGUGCCUCCAUACAACGAAGAUGGGUCCCCAUUACUUGGCCUUGAUCCUCCACUAACCCGUGAAGCUGCAGUUCGGGAGUCGCUGGCAAACCCUCCGCCGAAGGACAGGUAUUCUGACCGGCGGGAAUACAUCAAAAGUGCCGACCUUGGUAUUCUCUAUCGGGCCAUGGGCACAGCAGCGCAGCGAAUGCCGCGACUACAAAUCAUGGGGCUCUCACUUCUUAAUUAUCGUACGGGAGAAGAAAGUAAUGAGUCUUUAGAGUUCAGUCGGGAUAAGAGCGCCAGGAUUGCCCAUUUGAGGAUCAAUACGCAGUGGGGAUAUCGGCCUGGGAUGGAGGUGAUCUCCGCUUGGGGCUUGGAGGGAGCAGUGGCUGAGGAGUUUUAUGAAACUAUGGAUGUUUUCGUGCCAUGGUAUGUAGAGGCACAGUAG